AUGCUGGGGAUUCUCUGUCUUCUAAUCGCCACGCUUACUCGUGGCGACGCGGCCAAGGUACUGACCCAGAACCCGGCGAUUCUGAGCGUUCCUGUAGGACAAGAGGUGGUUCUCCAAUGCAACAUUCAGAGGGAUGAUGACAAGACAGCCUUGUUUUUUAGGCAGUUUCCCGGAGACGCUCCUCAGUUAAUUCUGUGGUAUUACCAUUCAUGGUCCUCACCCAAAUAUGGAUCAGGAUUCUCCUCUAGUCAGUUCAAUGCCAACGCAUCCUCCGAUGUGGAUUACCAAUUCAUCAUUAAACAGGCAAAGACAGAAGAUUCUGCUGAGUAUUAUUGUAGCACAUGGGAUCCCUCUGCUGCUGAAAGAGUAUCACAUGUCAUCACUGUGGUAUUCGGCGGAGGAACCAAGCUGCUUGUGACAAGCUCUGACGUGACUCCCCCCGUGGUGACUGUCUUCCCCCCGUCCAAUGACGAGCUCCAGUCAGAAGAGGCCACUCUAGUCUGCGUGGCCAUUCAGUCAACCCGGUACGCUGAUGUCACUUGGCUGGCUCACGGGCGUCCGGCGACGGGCGCCGUCGCCACCGGUCCUUCCACGCGAGAAACGAACGGCAACUACAAAAUCAGUAGCUAUCUCACCGUGCAGACGUCCAAAUGGAACUCGGACAUCCCUUACACUUGUAAGGUGUCUUUGGGCUCCCAGUCUGCUGAAAACACCAUCAGCAAGUCCAAGUGUGCAACUUAG